UUUCUGGCAUUACCUAGCAAGCGGCAAACAGGUCUUGCAGACCGCUCUGCAGACCCCACGUCAAAACGGGCGUCCUUCUCGCGGGCUUCCCACCGCUCUCCUUGCUUCCUCCCCGCUCCUGCGCCGCAUCCUAGUCCGCAGCACUUGGCGAACCGCCGCAUGUUUCUGAGACAACAGGAGUUGAUGUCGCCGGAAUAAUACGAUUGCUCUGCCUGCCAUGGACUCGUACUACCGCGACUCGGCCCGCUCGCCUGGCGACCGCUGGACCAGCCGUGACGAUGUGAGGAUCAAGGAUGAGAGAGGGGACAGCUUCUACCGCAGCAGAUCUCCUGGUACCGACCGCGUCCGACGUCGGUCGAGAUCUCCACUUCUCGAUCGCUACGAGCCGAGAGGACGAGGUCGCGAUGAGUAUGCCGGGACUCGCGAUCGGGACGACCGCGGUCGUCGCUCCCCCCACCUGAACAUCGACCGUUACGUGCCCGGCCAGGACUCAACGCCGCCACAAGCCCUGACCAAUCCUCUUCCGGAUCCGCUCAAGUUGCCGUAUCAGGUCGGCUUUUCGUGGUUCGGCGAGUGGUGGAGAACGAACGAGAGAAUCAAGGAGGAGAAGGAACGGCUGAGGACAGGUCGGCGACGCGAACCUGAGCGUAUUCGCGGCCCCCGUGAGGCCCAGGAGGAGCGAGAGAAGGAGAAGGCUAAGAUCCAAGCUGCCUACGACGCAUACAAGGAGGAGCUCCAGGCAAAAAUGGCCCAGACAUUUGUCAAGCAGCACAAAGAUGAACAGUGGUUCAGGGAGCGCUAUGUGCCCGAAGUCCGCGACGCUCUCCGCCAGCAGCUGAAUGAGGUGCGCCGCGGCGCAUACGCCCGCUGGGAACAAGACCUCGCAGCUGGCGUCUUUGACGACUUCUCCCUCGAAGGCAUCCCCAAGAGUGAGAGUAACGGGGCUGGCGGCGUGGUCGAAAAGGAGGAGGGCGAAGCCACCGCCGCAAAUGAGGUUCUUGGCGUGGGCGACCUGGUGCCCGCCAACCCUACUGAGUUCAGAGACGACAGCUUGGACCAGCCGACCCUGCUCAUCAAGACAAUUGCGCCGUCUGUCAGCCGCCAAAAUCUGGAGGCUUUUUGCAAGGAGCAUCUCGGCGAGGGAGAGGGCGGCUUCAAGUGGCUGUCGCUGAGCGAUCCCAACCCGAGCAAGCGCUAUCAUCGAAUUGGCUGGAUUAUGUUGCAUCCUGCCCCAGAGCCCCCAGUCGCGGAGGAGGACAAGGAGGGAGAGGACGGCGAGUUCAAGGCCGCUGCUCCAGUCUCCACUGCCGAGAAGGCUCUUGAAGCUAUCAACGGAAAGACCGUCAAGGAUGAGCAGCGCGGCGACUUCACCUGCCACGUCGGCGUCCAUAAUCCCCCUACCCACCCAAGGAAGAAGGCGCUCUGGGAUCUCUUCUCUGCUCCAGACCGCAUUCGUAAAGAUCUCCAGCUGGCUACAGAACUGAUCGGCAAAUUUGAGAGCGACUUCGGGUCGGAUUUCAAUGCCGCCCUUCAAAUCGAAGAGCAUGUCGAUAAACUUCGUCUUGAGGGAAAGCUCCAGCCCGCCGUCCCCAUCUCUCCCGCCAAGAAGCCGAAGAAAGAGAGGACCAUUGGGCUCGACGAGUCCAUGGAUGUCGAGCGCGAGGAUGGGGAGGAUUCCGUCGCAGCAGAAGGCGAUGAGGAGGAAGAGGAGGGAGUGGUGGAUGACGAAGUUGACGACAUAGAUCUCUUGGCCACGAAGAAACGGCUCGACCUGACGAUUGAGUACCUUCGUCGCGUCUUCAACUUCUGCUUCUUCUGCGUCUUUGAGAGCGACUCGGUCCACGAACUGACUCGGAAAUGUCCCGGCGGCCAUCUCCGGAGACCGAGGAGCACUCUGUCCUCGGCCGCCAAAGCCGUGGCUCAGGCGAGCGCCAACGGCGAGCCCUUCCCAUCCAAGAAGCGUAAGGACGCGGAAGAUGUCGAGGAGGGCGAGGCGCCCGAGGAGGAGCGCAAGUUCCGCGCGUCAUCCAAGGCCGAGCAACAGCUCCAACGGGCGUACAACUGGGUCAAGACCUUCGAGGACAAGAUCAACCAGAUCCUGCACCCCGAGACGGUGGACAUCCGGAAGCUGGGCGGAAAGCCCGUCGAGGACGCCGUGAAUGACGAGCUCACAAAACAUGUCAAGCAGGAGGAUGAGCACAAGUGGCGCUGCAAGGUCCCCGAGUGCACCAAGUUGUUCAAGGAGGAGCAUUUCUGGCGGAAGCACGUCGAGAAGCGCCACACCGAGUGGCUGGACAAGCUCAAGGAAGAGUUUGAGUUGAUUAACGCCUACGUUAUGGACCCCUCGCACAUCGCACCGUCCCGCACAGACGCAAACUCCAAUGGGCACUUCCCGCAGCCCAACGGGCAACAGCCGACGGGGACCCCGCGAGGCUUUAACCUCCAGAACUACGCCAUGAACAGCAUGCUCAACUUCCCCAGCUUCCCCAUGGCCAUGUUCCCGCCCAACAUGAUGGGCGGCGCCAACCCCUUGGGCGCCGCAGCCGGGUGGCACGCCGCCGCCCCUCCCGGCGACGAGCGUGGCGGCGGUGGACCCGGCCCCAUCCGCCGCGGCGGCGGUGCCGGUUCGGGAGGCGGCGGCAGCCGAUUCCAGAAUCGCGCUACUCCGUACGACCGCCGCGCGAAUCCUCGCUACGGCGGCGGAGGUGAUGGUAUUGGCGGCCCGAUGGGCGGCGGACGCGGUCGUGCUGGCCCUGCGAACCGUUGGGGCGAUGGCGCCGGCGGCGCGGCUGUGGGUCCGCGCGAGGCGGUCCAGGGCCGGACGCUCAAGAGCUACGAGGACCUCGAUCAGGUGUCGGGCGGCGGCGGCGGCGAGCUGAACUACUAACUGGAGGUUGCGCUGGGUGGGGGAACGAGACAUGAAGCUGCUGCGUUGUCGCCAGAAUGGAGAUUGCUAGUGCUCGGCACAAGCUUCGUUGGGGAGAGCUCUAUACCUUUCCUGAGCCUGCACGGAGGGGAUGGUGCUAAACACAGUGGCUUCUGGUGCUUGCGGCU